AUUUUUACCAUAUGUACAUAUAUAAAGUUGUUUAAUUUAACUCUAUAAGUAUCACACAAUAAUUUGUAAUUUUUAAACAUUUUGAUGGAAUAAGAAUGCAAUAAAUUGUGCAUAAUUAUUAGAGUUCUCCUUUACAUAUAUUUUAACAUAAAAUUUGACAAUUUGUGACCUUAUUUCGGUAGUGAUAAGUGAAAUCCAAUAAAAAUUAUAUUGAAAUCCAGUAAUGGACAGUCAGCCACUAGCCGAAGGUCGUUUAUUGGAUAUUGUGGAUAAUAAGUGGCGCGAGGAGCUUUUACCCUUUGAUCAGAUCCUUGUCCCGGCAGAUAAACUGCCAGAUCCAGAAGCUGAUGGUGGAGACUCACAUUUAACACUUAGCGAACAGGAACAAAAAUGGAGUGAUUUGGCCCUGAGCACAUUGGCACCCGAAUCUUCUCUUGGGGAUCAAUUGAACCUCUCUUCAAUAUAAAUCAUUAAAAAAUCAU